GAAAGAAGAGGAAGGAUCCUUGGUGUGCUAGUGCUACACUGCUACACCGAAAUAAGUUGCUGAAAUAUCGCAGCGGUAAUUAUCAGUCAAAUAUAUGGUGUAAUUUCGUUCUUUUGGAUCACUGAACUGUUCAUUUAACCCACUGCAGCACGCGUGGAGGUCUGGAGGAUAUUCAAACUAAUUUCACUGACAAAGAAGUGAACACUUGCUUGCAAGGACAAGAGGAAGUGCGCCGUUUCCUGGGUUCCUUUCCUGGGUUCCUUUCCUGGGUUCCUUUCCUGCAUAUGAAGAACACUUCUUAUUAAGGUGUUUCCUUUCACUCUUCACUGAUAUGGAGGACCAUGCACAGUAUUCUGCACCAUCCACACCAAUAGCAGCAGAUUCCUCUCCCUCGCCAUCACCGGCAUCAGUUAGGCCUAUGGCUACCCCGGAAUCGUAUAAGUUGUCAGAGGCUGAUCUGCCAACCUUUGUGAAGUUAAGAGCAUCAAACAGGGCCCUUUUCACUGGGCGGAGAAAUUCCUCAAAACUCGCUUGGAGGACCAUUUUAAAAGAGAUGGGUCUUCAGGGAAAGAUGUCAGCCUGGCAAGCAAUGAAGAAAUGGGACAACCUGAAAAACAAAUACAAGGAACUGAAGAACCCACCGCCUGGGAUCACAGUGCCACCUGAAUCAUGGCGCUGGUUCACGCUGAUGGACGACGCCAUGGAGGGGAGACUAGAGGGCACCGCAAAGGAGUUAUCCAUCGCGUCUGUCUUGACCAGCAACGACGACGAGUUCCUCCCCAGCAAGCGGCCCAGCAGCAAGCGGCAAAGGGGAGAUGAAGAGGCGACUGGUGGCCAACCUGAGCUCCUGUUAAAUGCUUACGACUUGUGGGGCAGCGGCAUCUCGGGGGAUGCAGCGCAGGAAAUUGAGAGCGACAGGCGGGACAUCGAGCAGGAGAGGGGGCAGCUGGACAGCGACCGGGCGCUGAUGGAGAAGGAGCGAGAGGUGCUGGAGCGCGAGAGGAUGGUGCUGGAGCGCGAGCGCGCCGGCCUCCAGAGGGAGCUGGCCGCCAUGGACCGAGACCGGGCCACCCUCGAGAGAGAAAGGGCGUCCGUGGAGAGAGACAGGGCGCAACUGGACUGGAAGGUGGCCCAGCUUGAGAAGGAGAGGGCAAAGCUGGAGAGAGAAAAGAUCGACCUCCACAGACCUGCCAAGACAUUAAAGAAAGACAGCACAGGUGGAACAAACGGCGGAACAAGCACACCAGAGGACAUCAAAGACACGGAACUGGAUGCAGAACAGCUGGAGAGGAGGCAGCGGUUCCUCAGCUUGUUUGAGAAACUGAUAGAAAAAUUCUAGAAGAAUACCAACCUGAAGCUUCCAUGCAGAGAGUAGAACUUCACAACAGAACAUCAAACUAACUAGUUUAUCUCCUGCAGUUGAAUAGAUAUUUUUAAGGUGCUGUAUUCAGCAAACAUGAAGAAACAGCGCAGCAGCACCUGACAUGUUCUUUUUUGUUUCACACCAGCACCACCAGAUUUGUUUUUGUCACACUGCGUUGCAUAAUACCAGGUGGAGCUUUCUAUGUUGAUGAUGGAGCUGGAAAAAAUAUUUCUAUGGUCAUGUUAACAUAUUUAUUUUUGUAAUUGAGAAUAUUUUUUUUUUGUUCAGAAGGGGACAUGGCAUAUUGUACCUUGAACCCUAGCCUAACAAAGCAUUGUAUACAGAUAUGCACUGUGCCGUAUUAAUGUACACUAGUGUGGAGCUGCAGACCAGUAAUAAAACAA